AUGGCAACUAGAUGCGCCCAUCUCGGCCUGCCGCAGGUCUAUGAAAAUACAUGUGGUAAGGUGGAGAUAGGUGAACGACAGACAACACAGUCAACAAGUGCAGGUGACAAUUUCACACAUGCCACCCUACUGCAAACAACCAUCGAUAAAACCUAUGAGUGCGGAAUGUGUGACCAAUCAUUCCCCAAGAAGAGACAGCUGGGAGUUUACAAGCGCGUACAUGCCGGCACGCGACCGUACUCCUGUGAUAUUUGCGGUAAAGCAUACACCAAGGGUAUAAAUCUAAGCCGGCACAAACGGAUACACACCGGCGAACGACGGCACCGUUGUCGGAUAUGUGGCAGAUAA